AUGGAUACUCUAAAAUUUGUUUUUUUCUCUGCGUUUCUUAGCGUCACAUUGACGUUAGUGAACGCAGAAGAUCCUUAUGUCUUCAAUGAGUGGAAGGUCACCUACGGGACAAUGUCCCCUUUAGGUGUCCCACAACAGGUCAUUUUAAUUAAUGACAAAUUCCCUGGACCCGUCAUUAACUGCACGAGUAACAACAAUAUCCUCGUCAAUGUUUUCAACAACCUUGACGAGCCUUUCCUCCUCACCUGGAACGGUGUCCAGCACCGGAAGAAUUCCUGGGUGGAUGGCACACCGGCGACGAUGUGCCCUAUCCAGCCAGGAACCAACUUCACUUAUAAGUUUCAGGUGAAGGAUCAGAUCGGUACUUACUAUUACCCCACCACCGCCCUGCAUAGGGCGGCUGGUGGCAUCGGCGUCCUGCAAGUGCAUAGCCGGCCGUUGAUUCCGGUUCCCUUUGAUAAUCCGGCUGAUGAGUUUGCAGUGGUGGUCGGAGAUUGGUUCAAGAAAGGUCACAAGUCUAUGAAGAAUCUUCUCGAUGGCGGCAACUCCAUCGGCCGCCCUGACGGCCUCCACAUCAAUGGAAAAUCGGCUCAGGUCAGCGCACCGGCGGAACCGUCGUGGACUUUCGAGGCUGGAAAAAUUUACCGGUUUAGGUUUUGUAAUGCCGGAAUGAGGACUUCGGUUAAUUUUAGGUUUCAAGGACAUGAUAUGAAGUUAGUGGAGCUUGAAGGGUCCCACCUGAUGCAAAAAUGA